AUGAUCAAUAAUGCUUCAAACUUUGCAGCAUCAAUAACAAUUAGUUUGAUAUUGUGCUUAAUAUUAUUAUGGAGUAGCAGUGUUUGUGACUGUGUUCCAAACACAAACAUCACCACUAUUCUCUGCAACUCUGGUGUAUACACUUCUGGGGACCCUUUUGCAAUUAGUUUAUCCUAUGUUCUUGAAGAAUUAGAGGAAGUAACACCAACACAAAAAAACUAUGAUUACUACAAUAUUUCACCUUAUCCUAAUGCAUUUGCAUAUGGACAUGCUGCUUGCAACAACAACAACAACUUGAAGAAGAAGAAGAAUCUAACAUCCUCUGAUUGCAAAGCAUGUCUUGGUGUUGCAAAAACUACUAUGUUGAGUUCAUGUGAGAAAAGAAUAGGGGCUCGUUCUGUUCUUCAUGAUUGUACAAUUAGGUAUGAACAAUACCCAUUUGAUGAUUAA